CUUUCCCAAAUUGGCCUUACUCCGAGUACACGUCAUGAGCAGCGCCGCUUCUCUGUGUGGUCUGCUAAUCGGAUGAAUACUUUUGUGCUCCAAGCUCCUGAUUCAGCAACGCGCUCCUGUUGGGAGCGUCGCAUUAAUGAGCUUUUGGUGACGCAGCUUCGACGCCUCCGUGAAGAAGCCUUGAUGAUGUCCCGUGCCUCCUUAGUUAGUAACAAAGGAUUUCAACACCCGGAGCCCGGGGACUCCGAUUCUUGCUCAAUAACUGUCGUUGACUCGUCACUGAGUGGAAGCGUUCUUGGAUUUCAGCGCAAACCUGCCACUGGCCGCGCUGCACCCGACUUGCUUUCUCAACCGCGUCCUGCAUUUGUGCCUUCCAUCUCAGUAUCCGGGUCACUUCCGCCUAUUCCCCCGUCGUCAUCAUCAUUCUCAACGACAGUGGUUCCUAUUCCCCCAGCUAUGUCAAAGCCAAGCUUAUCUGUCGGAGCCAAGCAUGCUACGUCUACAGGUCGCCGAAAAUCCCAUAUACGGGAGGGUCGCAUGCCUCGAUGGCGUUCCGCUAUUACGGGUAGUAAUAUCAGUAAUAGCCAGGAUAGUGCUUCGACUACCGAGACCGAACGCGAAUCCUGCGUGGUGGAUAACAAAGAAAAUAAUUCAUAUCCUGUUUCGAGUGGGCACACAGGCGCAUUAGAGCUGCUAUAA